UACAGUCCGAUAAUGUACCNCCAAACAGCAGUCUUGUUAGAUCCUUGCCGUUGCAGAUAUAGGUCACAACGUUGUCUGCCUGCACAGAAGUGCAGAAUGUUGUCUGUGUAAUAAUGUUGCCCAACCUGUUCGACAGGUUGACCCGUACACACCUCCGGUCCAGCCACGCUCACUCAUUGGUCGAACUGUUAAUUGCCAUGCUGUCAUUGGGUGAACUGCUAAUUGUGACUGACAGUCGGGUAUCGCUCUGAUCGCUUUCUACUUCCGGUUCAGUGUACGCGUCGCCUAGUCAUUUGUACAGGGAAACGUCACUUCAACAAGACUUUUCUUCUACAAGAGACAUGAGAAACUCGGAUCCUUUGUCCGUCCAGUAUCCCGACACGGCACAAGAUGGACUCCCUGACGUCCCUUCUCGUGCUGACGUUGCUGUACACUGCUGACGGGAAUACCGUACACUAUCACACCGGGCGCAACUUGACGCAGGUCCCGACAGACGCCAUCCCGUCAGACGCUCACACCGUCCGACUGUCUCACAACAGGAUAUCCCGCCUCGGCUCCGGCUUUACCUCAGCCCCGUACAUCCGGUACCUGUUUAUCGACGACAACAGGGUGAACAACUUAUCCCCGCAAACCUUCCAUCCUCUGCGGAAACUACUCGUCCUGGAUCUGGAUAGAAACUUCAUCGUUUCCCUCCGCGACUCCACCUUCUCGGCCCUCGCCACGCUCUCGGAUCUCAUUCUCUCCAACAACCUCAUUUCUGCCGUCUCGGCGCGGGCCUUCCACGGGCUGACAAGUCUGGAGUUCCUGGAACUUUCCGGGAACCGACUGUCGGUAGUCCCCGCGCAGGCCGUCCGCCUGGUUCCCAGUGAGCGGCUCUUGUUAGUUCUGCUCAUGCUGAACAACAUCAGCCGGAUUCCCGGGGACAUCACCUCCCUCCACCCGUCCGCUUCGUACCAGUUCCACGGCAACCCUCUGCACUGUCCGGAUGAGACUCUGAACUCCAGCCGCGAUGACAUGUUCUACGUCGACAACAUGCCCAGGUGGCCCGUGAUGUGGAGUUACGUCAUCGAAACCGAAGGCAGCCGCAGGUUUGCAGGGAAGUUUUUCUUCAUCAAAAGUCGGCACGAGCACUUCGGCGUCGCUCCCAACACCUUUCUCGUCAACGAGCAUCAUGACGUUCGUCUCCCCGAGGUUCCCACGGGCAAGUAUGCGGGUUAUCCAACGGCCUGGAUCACCCCAACAGGCCGCCACCGGGCCCAUGGCAAAGCGCUCACGGUUCAAAACUUCACCGCAGACGACGCGGGGCUGUACAGGUAUGUGCGCGACGUCCCGGGCACCGCCAUGUCCGGCCAAGUCGACCUGCUGCUGUGCCUCCACCGGCCGGCCGAGGACGGGCAGGAACCUGAGAAAACAACAACGUCCCCACCCGCGGAUUUUUCACCACAGGACCGUAAAAACGGCACAGCCGACAUCUGUGUGGGUUCUACGAACCAAUCCUGCUGUUUCAACGGGUCAGGUUUACCGUCGUUUCACCCGGAGUUCUGUGAUGCUGGAAGCACCAACACAGACUCCACUCUAGCAAAGCCCGUCCCCACACUCAUCCUCGGCAUUGUUUCUGUAAUUUUUGCCACACUCAUGAUGCUCUUUCCUGCCGCGUUAUUUCGUUGGAGAAAACGAGGAAGGAGAGGAGAGAACGGCGGCACUGUCGGUGCAACGUUGCGCGCCGCGGGGGCACAAUCCAUGGCCGUCUGUAUCCCUCUUCACCCCCUGCCCAGGCUGACAGAACUGAGAGGAACUGAUUGGGCUGGGAUGAACUUGGGAGCCGUGCAACUCCACCGCGUGGCAGGAGCGUCCCCGGCGGACACGAUCGGUACUAUAGAAGCUCAGGUUCAUCACUACGAAAAUACUGACGCUGACGAAUACGCCUCAGCAGCACCGCCCCCUCUGCCGGGCGAUGGGGAAACUGCAGCUGACGCUGUAAAUACAGGCGUGCCAGAAGGAGUACCUGAGCAACCUGCUUUUCAGAUCGGGGAAGAUCUGGACAUGCCUUAUGGUGUAGCCGCGGCAAAUGCACUGUAUCAUGAUCAGCGAGAAGGCACGGCACCGAAUCCUAGCACUAGUGUUCUCGCAAAUGAGCACACAAGUAGCGCUGAUUUGGCUGAGGCAACGUACAGUGCGACAGACGCCAACCAAGCACACACCAUCACCACUGAUCUGCACCGGCAGCAAACUGCGCACACUGAGCACAUAGCAGCGGAGGCAAACACACCACUGCGCCGACAAUGUACGGCUCCGAACCGUAGAUCUCUCACAAGUGAGCACGCCCGUAGUGGCACCCAGGCAACUUACGGUGCGACAGACGCCAACCAAGCACACACCAUCACCACUGAUUUGUACCGGCAGCAAACUGCGCACACUGAGCACAUAGCACCGGGGGCAGACACACCACUGUGCCGACAAUGUACGGCUCCGAACCGCAGAUCUCUCACAUUUGAACACCCCCGUAGUGGCACCGAGGCAACUUACGGUGCGACAGACGACAACCGAAAAGGAACCGUCACCGUUGGCCUGUACGGACAGCAAAUUGACUAAUCUCCAAGCAGAGCUCUCGGUGGCCGCACGCGGACAGUACCAAACUGGCCAGGCAGUUGGCUGGCUUAAAAGACAAAGCUCUAUGAAUGAUCAUAAAAAUGCCUAAAACACAUCGGAGCAUAGGUUAUAACCUCAAAGCAGAGUACAAUGCAAGCAGAGGUUGGUGGGGAAGAUCGUUACUUUUUUUUUUUAUAUAUGCCCCGUUGAUAUAUAUAAGAAGGUAACAAUCUUCCCUACUAACCUCUGCUUGGAUCGUCAAUCUUGGAUACAGCCUAUAUAAAGACACAAUGCAAAUGGACAAAAGAUGUGCAUACGGACGUUUUAUGUGAAAAAAUACGUAGUUAUGAUGAAAGUUUUGUGAAAAAAUGUGGUUACACCAGUUACAAUGAUAUGGUCUGCCAUCUUGGAUUUUAAUCAAUGACGUCAUCAAAUUAGUAUGAAUUAUGAAUAUUUAAUGAUAGAGAUUACGUACAAUUAUAUCAGAUGUUAUUAAUGUUAGAAAUGAAGUGAUGUUAAACAUAAAAACCUGAAAAUUUUAAUGUUAAACCAAAAUUAAAGAAUU